CAACCUUGUGAUUUAUGAGGAAGUUUACAGGUAAAUGCAUUCAGAACCAAUGUUAUUGUCAUAAUAGUUUCUGUUCAAUGUAUAUUCUCUUUUCAUUGAAUGUAAUUUUCAUUAUUGGAUAAGUUAAGUUCAGUGCAGCCCUUUGCACAUGUACACAUUAUUUUAUCCCAGAUCUGCAGUGGUUAACCAUGGGAUGUGGGACCAAGUCAGGGUUGACCAUGGCAAGGAGUUUUAUAUGUGCUUGUACAUGCAAGAGAUGCUGUCAAGACAUAGAUACAACCCUAGCAGGCCACCAUACCUUCAAACAACAUCAAAAAGGAAUCUUCGAGUGGAAAGGAUUUGGCCCGAGGUGAACUACCCACUGAAACACGCCCUGGUACACAUGCUGGACCAAGAAGUCCUCAACAUGGAGGACAAUUUGACUAAAUUCUGCAUUUCAAACCUGACAUGUCAGUUAAGUCAAAUUGGACUAGGCAGAGUGGUGCAAUCGUGGAAUGCACACAGGAUCCCAGGCCGUGGGAUACCCAAUGAACUCGCAGCAGGUGGCUGUCCAGCUAAAAUCUCUGAAGAGCUGUUGCCCAAUGCCUCUGUUGUGGCAAACAUGUAUGAGCAAGAUUUUGGAUCCUCGCUGACUUGGGAGUCAGUAUUUGGAACUGACCCAUUUUCAUCUGAGGAGGAUAGAUGUCAUGCAGAACAAGACUUUGCAGAUACCUACCCUGACAUCUCUCUUCUUUUUAAUCAUGUGGUAAACAAUGACUAUACACCUUUCCAAGAUGCCUUGUUGCACUUAAUAAAUGUCACCCAAAGAUAUGUCUGAAAAAAGUAACUGGAAUGCUGUGGUAUUGAGUAGCUAGGACAUCAGACUUUGUUAGUGCUGAUUCAAAGUUUGUCCACCAUUUAUGCUAUUAUAGUUUUGAUAUAAAAUCACUGUUGAAUAGACUAUUGAUCGGUCUCAGUGUGUUUUGUUCUUUACUUCAUCAAACUGUAUUCAGUCUGCAUACAGCUUCUAUUGAUACCCUCUUAAUUGUUGCAUUUUUUACUGUAUG